UAACUCCAUGUCUAUGCUUUUGUUUUCCAUUUUCGUCCUUCCGCACUUAUUCAUUUACCCUUCUCCUCUCUCUUAAAGCUCAAAUCUUCGUUUUCUCAAUUUUCUAUCCAUUUGAGUAACAAUGGGAGAGGAAGUGAAGCUAUUAGAUUUCUGGCCCAGCAUGUUUGGGAUGAGAGUUAAAAUAGCUCUGGCAGAGAAGGGUGUGGCGUAUGAGUAUGUGGAACAAGACCUCAGAAAUAAGAGCCCUUUGCUUCUACAAAUGAACCCAAUUCACAAGCAGAUCCCAGUUCUUAUUCAUAAUGGAAAACCCAUUUGUGAAUCUUCCAUUAUUGUUGAGUAUAUUGAUGAAUUUUGGAAGGAUAAAGCUCCUCUGUUGCCGUCCGAUCCUUAUGAAAGAGCUCAGGCCAGAUUUUGGGUGGAUUUCAUCGACAAGAAGAUUUAUGAAAGCGCGAAGAAGAUAUACACGAAAAAGGGAGAGGAGCAGGAGGGAGGGAAGAAGGAGGUUAUAGAAAUACUGAAGCAACUGGAACAAGUUCUAGGGGAAAAGGCUUAUUUUGGAGGUGAAUGUUUUGGAUAUUUAGACAUUGGUUUGAUUGGAUUCUCUUCAUGGUUUUAUGCAUAUGAGACAAUUGGGAACUUCAGCAUUGAGGCUGAGUGUCCGAAGUUAAUAAGUUGGGUGAAAAGAUGUUUGGAAAAGGAGAGUGUUUCUAAUUCUCUGCCUGAUCCAAAAAAGGUUUGUGAGUCUUUGCUUCAAUUUAAGAAAAGGUUUGACUAAACAAAACUGCAUCCUAUCCUUUCACCGCUGGAGAUGCUUCUACGGUUCUUCGUGGUUUUUGGUGAGUUUUUCUCUACUUGUGAGAAGGCUUAUUUGUUGGACUUUUCCUUGUUUUUGGAUGCUCUUCUUUUUAAGAAGAACUACUUUCUUCCUUUCUAGGUUGUCGGAAUGAUGCUUUUCAAACAAAUAAAUAAACAGUUCAUUUAAUUUGCAAUGUUGUUGUUGUUAUUAUUACUAUCAUUCAAUAAAUGUCAUGUGCCCUUUGUUAA